UACCACGGGGGUACGAUCAAAAAUGUACGUCAAGCAGUCGAGCAACUCGGUGGCUCGCUUCAAAUUGGCAUCGCGCUUGAUACCAAAGGACCAGAAAUCCGAACUGGCCUAUUGAGUGGUGGAGCGACUGCUGAGGUCGAGCUCGUCAAAGGAAAGUCAAUUACUCUCACAACAGAUGACAAAUAUAAGGAAGCUUGUACAGCGGACAACCUCUAUUUGGACUACAAAAACAUUGUUAAGGUCGUGAGCAAAGGAUCUCGAGUGUAUGUCGACGAUGGUCUCAUCUCGCUUGCUGUCAACGAAGUAAAGGAUAAUUCAGUCGUCUGCACUAUCGAAAAUGGGGGAAUGCUGGGUAGUAAGAAAGGAGUUAACCUUCCUGGCUCUAAUGUCGAUCUACCUGCUGUUUCUGAAAAAGAUAUUCAAGACCUCAAGUUUGGAGUGGAGCAAGGAGUAGACAUGAUUUUUGCUUCGUUCAUACGAGACGCAGAAGGAAUUCGAGCAAUACGGAAGGUCCUCGGUGACAAGGGGAAAAACAUCAAAAUCAUCGCUAAAAUUGAAAACCAGCAAGGUAUGGAAAACGCGGAUGAUAUUAUCGCAGAAGCGGAUGGUGUGAUGGUAGCAAGAGGCGACCUCGGAAUUGAAAUCCCCACCGAAAAAGUGUUCAUAGCUCAGAAGAUGCUGCUUGCGAGGUGUAAUCGUGCCGGGAAGCCAUGCGUUUGUGCAACUCAAAUGCUCGAAUCAAUGACAAAAAAGCCACGUCCAACUCGGGCCGAAGGAAGCGACGUCGCAAAUGCCGUUCUUGACGGAGCAGACUGUGUUAUGUUAUCGGGAGAAACCGCAAAAGGAGACUAUCCUCUGGAAGCAGUAAAAACUAUGCAUUUCAUAUGCAGGGAUGCGGAGGCUUCAACUUUUCACAAGGCUUACAUGUCCGACAUUCUCAAAGAGACAGUCCGACCACUGGAUGCAAGCAAGGGCAUAUCUCUGGCUGCCGUCAUUGCAGCAAUCAACUGUCAUGCAGCUGCCAUCGUUCUCGUCACUUCUACUGGAAAGUGA